AGAAUGCCCCUCUUCAACGUCCUCACGACCAAUGCAGUCGACCUGCAGCAGCUUCUCAACAAGAACCAGAUUACGAGCACUCAAGUUAUUCAAGAGUAUUUCGCCCAAAUUGAUCGCCAUGAGCCUACCCUCAAUGCGCUAAUCUCGCCUGCCCCGCGGGCCAAAGUCCUCGAAAUCGCCACAGCCCUGGAUGAAGAGCGCCAGAACGGGCAUAUUCGUAGCCCAUUCCAUGGAAUUCCCAUCAUUUUGAAAGACAGCUUUGUCACUGCCUCGGAACUGGGCAUGAGCACCACCGCCGGAUCCUAUGCGUUUGUCGGAGCCAAGGCGUCUCGGAAUGGAGCCAUCACUCAGCGGUUGAUUGACGCGGGGUUGAUUAUUUUGGGAAAGGCCAACAUGACAGAAUUUGCUGGCAUGAAAAUGACCAUGAUGAUGCCCGGGUGGUCAGCCCACGGCGGUCAGACUUUGUCGCCGUAUGUGGGGAGAAUUGAGGAUAAUGAGAAGAUACUAGGGCAUUCUGCUCCCGGGGGCUCAUCCACCGGUUCUGCCGUCGCAGUCGCCGCCGGAUUCAGCCCUCUGGCCAUGGCCACCGAGACCAUCGGUUCCAUCGUGACUCCAGCAACCCGUGCCGGUCUGUAUGCCCUCAAACCUACUACUGGGAUCCAGGAUACGACUGGUUUAUAUACCAUGACGGAGUUCUUCGACAGUCCAGGGCCUAUGGCCAAAUCCGCAGCUGAUGUGCGUGUUCUUGCUGAGAUCCUCCUCGGCCGUCGGUUUGCCCAGUUGGAUUCUUGGGAUGGGCUUUCGGUGGGGUUCCUGGAUCCGAGGAUUUGGAAGAUGGCGCCGGACUUUUGUACCCAGUUUGAGGGGACAGCUGAGCAAAUGGUAGAGGAGUAUGAAGAGACAGUCUCUGCUCUACGAAAAGGGGGCUGUCCUCUGAAGUAUCCAGUUCAGUGCAAGGAUCCGUCAGCCUUACCGAAUACUAUCUUGCCCAUCGCAUAUUGGGACUUUAAAAACAUCUGCAUCCCCCAAUUCAUUCGCUCGUUUGACGAGUGUGCCGUAACCAGCGUUGCAGAGAUCGUCAGAUUCAAUAAAGAGAACCACGCAAUAGCCCUGCCAGCUCCAUUCACCGAGCAGAAUGAUCUCGAAGGAGCAAUGAACAGCACCGACGAAAAGGAACAAAUCAACAAAUUGAAAGAGAACCUUCGUCGAACCGCGACUGAGAUUCUGGAUAAUGUCUUUGACCAGGAAGACAUCAACAUCCUAGCAGCUCCGGGAGACUCCCCGUUAUGUGUCCAUGCUGCGGCUGCAGGGUAUCCGGUUGCUACGGUCCCAGUCGGACAACUUCUCUACAACGAUCGACCGUUCGGGCUAUGUUUGGUGGCUAGGGCCGAUGAGGAGGAGACUCUGUUGCAGUUCAUGGCACUGUACGAAAAGAUUGCGAAGCCUCGUCCGAUUCCGAAUUUCGACACCUAGGACGAUAAUUAUCACGAGAAACCGU